AUGAAUGGUGUUUUGCUUAAGGGAAGGGUUUGGGCGCUGAUGACGCCAUGGUUGGUGGCUGUUUUUUGUCUGGCAACCGCGGGUUGCUUAAACGUCACGGAUCAACAGACAUCGGAAUCGCAAAAUGAACAAGUUGCGAUUCUUAAACAAUUGAGAAAAGUAGAAACCCGCGACGUGCUUGGCAAUGUUAAGGGUACGUUUGGUUUUGUCGACGGCGAUGGUGAAAUAAAACGAGUAACUUACUCGUCAUCAAACGGAACCGGGUUUAAAGCAACGACGAUCUCGCCAUUGCAGGAGCGGCCUUCAGUAGUCCAGGCGAUUCCUCGCAGCAAUCGAAGUUCAUCAAGCACAAGAAGACCGAGUUCAAUGUCAACAUCUACGGAAUCAUCAAUGUCCUCAACACUGUCCACAUCAUCCUCAUCAACAUCAUCGACGAUCAACUCAAAGCUUAAUUUAGGACCAUCAAUCCUCCGCAGAGCCAAGACAACCCCAAUGCCCAGUUCAAGUUCCAAUUCAACGACAACAGAGUCAGCGCCCAAAACUACAUUCGGCACCUACUUAAAAUCCACAAAACGUCCCCGAUUGUUCUCUAACCAGCACAGACCAAGCCCAGAACCAGAGUCUAGUGAGCAAGAAUCAGACAACUUAGAAGAAGACUCCCAGAUCACUCGGCCAACCGUCGAAGCCAAAGCCGCAACGCAGCGUAAGAGCUACUUCACAAAACGGCCUCUUGAUCACACCCUCCGUCCAAUAACCGAAGAGUUUGAGGAAAAAGAAGAAGAGUCCAAGUCGCCAGUCAGUGGCAACAAUUUACGCCGGCAGCUGCAAGACGAAACCACCAUCAAGGUUCGCGAAUCCCAAGAAAGCAGCGACGAACACUCUGACGUCUAUCACGCAGGAACACUAUCAACUCCCCGUCCGCUAUUCACCACGACAAACAACCCGAAAAUAAUCCAACGCGUCAGGAUGGAACGCCCGAAGCUGUUCUACCACCCCAACAACCAUCAGCAGCAAGUCAAGUCUUCAGCCGACGAAAACUACGGCCCAGCGCAGUUUGACGAUAACAAGUACCAGAGUCAACGAAAUUACGAGGCUGAGAACAAAGUUGCUGAGCAGGAGCGAGAAGCACCUGAACAAUUCGUCUACCGAGUCCCGCAAGCUCGCUUGUCUCCCAGGGACUAUGUAAGACCCAUGGACCCAACUUACAUUCGCCGACAGCAAAUCCUCCGGGACUUACCUCCAGGGCUGUUCGUCCAGCCUCAGGAUGGCGAAGAAGAGUAUCAGCCACCGGUUGAAAGAAUCCUAGCUCGGCUGCAAGCCAGAGCUUACCCACGACCUGACCCAGAAAACGUCGACUACAUCUCCGAAGCCCCGGCGAUGGAAGUUCAACCUCAAGCACCGCCUCCACCUCCAGUUCCUGCUCCUGCAACAGUCAACCACCAGAACUACAUCCCCCGGCAAUUCGUAAGGCUAAUCCGGCCGUACAUGGAUCACGAACCGAGACCGCGAGGCUACAUGAGACUUCAAGACGAAAAGGACUACAUGGAUGGCUAUCACCGGAAUGUUGUCCUUCCUCCAGAACCGCCUAAUCCAAUCGCACCGCCGCUCAGCCGUCGGGAUUUCCAGCUUCUUCUUAGGCGGCUGCUUGUCAGCCAGUAUGGCACCCAAGCCUUGAGCCACCCACGAUCCUACUUGGACCACGCUUUGUAUGAUGAACAGGCUUAUUAUCAGCGACCCAGGUUGAUGUAUGAGGAGCCUAUUCCCGCGCCAAGAGCUCGUCUCAUGCCUGCUAUUGAUCCUCUCUACAAUCCGUACUAUCAAGACCCGAAUCAGAAUUAUCAAGAUCCUAGAUACGCCAGGAGAGUCUAUCGGCAGAAAUUCUACGAGCAGGAUAUCAAUGAAAGUGAUGGGAACAAUCAUGGAGACGAAAUUCUGCCACCGCCGGUCAGAGAAGCGCUUCUGCUUCGCAUGCUACAAUUGGCUAUUAAUAAUCAGCGCGCGAUGGCGCCCAACGCUAUUUUAAUGAGCCCCACGCCAUCUAGCCAGAUGACGCCGGUAACUACUUCCGGCUAUAGGAAAUCCGGGCCUGUCAGAAGCGUGCAAAUUAUUUCUGAUGAUAAAUCUGAAGAUAAAGAUGACAGAAAGAAAUUAUAA